GCAGGUCAUUCUGGUCAGUCUUCUUCCACCAGAAAAAAUGGCUCUUACAAAGGUUCUACUAGUGCUUUGCCUUGCCGUCGCAUGUAUCUCUGCGUUCAGCAUCACGAACCAGAUGCAAGACGCGCUGGUAUCCACGAUCGAAUCCCGCACACGCACCUGGGUCGCACAGGCGUACGUUCAACGUGAAAAGUUUGGAGUUAUGAGCUUGGGUCUGCGUCCCAACGACUCCGUUGCCAAUGCCGUACCAAUGCUGAAGAAUCAACGCUCGGUUCGCUUCCUCCCGGAGAGCUUUGACUCGCGUCAAAAGUGGUCUUACUGCCCGUCGCUGAACCAAAUUCGUGACCAGGGCUGCUGCGGAUCUUGUUACAUCGUGGCGACCGCUGCGGCCAUCACCGAUCGUUACUGUAUCCACUCCAGAGGUCAACGGCAGUUCACUUUCGGAGCGACGGACUAUCUGGCCUGCUGUACGGAUUGCUUCAAGUGUGACGGUGGUUACUCUGCUAAAACCUGGCAAUACUGGGUGGACUCGGGCCUCACCAGCGAGGGAGCGUACAAAUCUGGUCAAGGAUGCUACUCGUACCCGUUCAACAGCUACUGUGUCAACGACCCGUACCCAACGUGCAACCGGCAGUGCCAGGCCGGAUAUCCGCUGACCCACAGCCAGGACCUCAAGUACGGAGCCAGCGCUUACCGUGUCAUGUGGAACGAAAGAGCGAUCAUGACCGAGAUCUACCAAAAUGGACCGGUAGUCGUACAGUUUGAGGUUUUUGACGAUUUCUACCAGUACAAGAGCGGAGUGUACCGUCACGUUACCGGAACGACUCGAGGGUGGCACGUGGUUCGAGUCAUUGGGUGGGGCGUUGAGAACGGCGUCAAGUACUGGCUGAUUGCCAACUCGUGGGGAGCACGUUGGGGCGACAAGGGCUUCGUCAAGUUUGUCCGUGGAGAAAACCAUCUUGAAAUCGAGAACUUUGUCUACGCCGGACUACCCAAGUACUAAAGUUAAAUAAAAGAUGCACCUUUUUGCACAUAAAACAAUGUAAUUAUUUAAAUAAUUAGGCCAG